CCUCUCAUUUCCAAGGGCUGAGACAGAGACAGAGACAGCGAGAUACACAGAGACAGAGACGCCGAGGCACCAGCAUCCCUCUCCCCUUCUGUCCCGCCCCACCGCUCUGACGGACAUCUGCUCUCAGCCAACGGGGCUCACGAUAUGCCCUGGAAGAGCCAAUGAGAGACAGAGGAGGGCGGAAGAUUCCCCGCCCCCACUUCUAGGCUUGGUUGAGCCGUGCAGAUACCUCCUUGAAACAAAAAUUUUCCUACCUGUUUAUUCUUGGUGACAGAAGGAAUUACUAAGACUCUUUUUGCUCAUUUCUGAGUAUUGUCUGAACUAUUCCUGACACUAUGAAUGCUACUUGGAUGCCUUUUAAGCCUGUUCUCAGCGGAGGCAGUAAGGGGCCUUGGAGCUGGCCCCAGCACCGGGAGAGGCUGGACUUCCUGUCUCUCUGUGCUGAAUGGCUGCGAUGGCGCCCGCUCUCACUGACGCAGCAGCUGAAGCACACCACAUCCGGUUCAAACUGGCUCCCCCAUCCUCUACCUUGUCCCCUGGCAGUGCCGAAAAUAACGGCAACGCCAAUAUCCUUAUUGCUGCCAACGGAACCAAAAGAAAAGCCAUUGCCGCAGAGGAUCCCAGUCUAGACUUCCGAAAUAAUCCUACUAAGGAAGACUUGGGAAAGCUGCAACCACUGGUGGCAUCUUACCUCUGCUCUGAUGUAACAACUGUUCCCCAAAAGGAGUCUUUGAAAUUGCAAGGAGUUUUCAGCAAGCAGGCAGUCCUUAAAUCUCAUCCACUCCUAUCUCAGUCCUAUGAACUCCGAGCUGAGCUGUUGGGGAGACAGCCAGUUUUGGAGUUUUCCUUAGAAAAUCUUAGAACCAUGAAUCCGAGUGGCCAGACAGCUCUGCCACAAGCGCCUGUAAAUGGAUUGGCCAAGAAAUUGACUAAAAGUUCAACACAUUCUGAUCAUGACAUUUCCAGUCCCCUCAAUGGGGGAAAGCGAGCUCCCACUUCAUCUGCUCUUCAGGGAGGUGAAGUGGGGGGAUCUGACUCUGGGGACUUAAAGGGGGGUAUGACCAAUUGCACUCUUCCACAUAGAAGCCUUGAUGUAGAACACACAACUCUAUAUAGCAAUAAUAGCACUGCAAACAAAUCUUCUGUCAAUUCCGUGGAACAACUGGCACUUCAAGGAAGCAGUAGGUUAUCACCUGGUACAGACUCCAGCCCCAACUUGGGGAGUGUCAAGUUAGAGGGCAAAAAGUCCCCCAUGUCUUCCAUUCUUUUCAGUGCUUUAGAUUCUGACACAAGGAUAACAGCUUUACUGAGGCGCCAAGCUGAUAUUGAGAGCCGAGCUCGCAGGUUACAGAAGCGCUUACAGGUUGUGCAAGCCAAGCAGGUGGAGAGGCAUUUACAGCAUCAGCUGGGUGGGUUUUUGGAGAAGACUUUGAGCAAAUUGCCGAACUUGGAAUCCUUGAAAUCCCGGAGCCAGUUAAUGCUGACCCGAAAGGCUGAAGCUGCCUUAAGAAGAGCUGCCAGUGAAACCACCACUUCAGAAGGACUUAGCAACUUCCUGAAAAGUGAUUCAAUUUCAGAAGAAUUGGAAAGAUUUACAGCUAGUGGCAUAGCCAAUUUGAGAUGCAGUGAAAAGGCAUUUGAUUCAGACAUCACUGACAGUAGUUCUGGAGGGGAGUCUGACAUUGAAGAGGAAGAACUGAGCAGAGCUGAUUCUGAGCAGUGCCAUAUACCCCUGAAACGCAGGUCAGAAUGGAGAUGGGCUGCAGACCGAGCAGCUAUUGUCAGCCGUUGGAACUGGCUUCAGGCUCAUGUUUCUGACUUGGAAUAUCGAAUUCGUCAGCAAACAGAUAUUUACAAACAGAUACGUGCUAAUAAGGGAUUGAUAGUUCUUGGGGAGGCAUCUCCUCCAGAGCAUACAACAGACUCAUUGCUUCCACUUGGUUCUGAGGUGAAGACAGAUCAUGGGACUGAUAAAUUGAUUGAGUCUGUUUCUCAGCCACUAGAAAACCAUGGUCCCUCUGUUGGUCAUAUUUCAGAGUCACUGUCUGCCAAAUCAUGUGGCGCACUGAGACCUGUUAAUGGAGUUAUUAACACUCUUCAGCCUGUCUUGGCAGACCAUGUUCCAGGUGACAGCUCUGAUGCUGAGGAACAGUUACAUAAAAAGCAACGACUGAAUCUAGUUUCUUCAUCUGAUGGCACUUGUGUGGCUGCCCGAACACGUCCUGUAUUGAGCUGUAAGAAACGGAGGCUUGUUCGACCCAACAGCAUCGUUCCUCUUUCCAAGAAGGUUCAGCGGAACAGCAUCACCCGAUCUGGCUGUGAUGUGAAUACCUCCUGUGCACUGUGUGGUUCAGGCAGUGUCAACACAAUGCCUCCUGAAAUCCACUAUGAAGCCCCUCUGUUGGAACGUCUUUCCCAGUUGGAUUCUUGUAUUCAUCCUGUUCUAGCAUUUCCAGAUGAUGUCCCCACAAGCCUGCAUUUCCAGAGCAUGCUGAAAUCUCAGUGGCAGAACAAGCCUUUUGACAAAAUCAAACCUCCCAGAAAGUUCUCACUUAAGCACAGAACACCCAUGCAAGGCAGUCUGACGGAUCCAACUCGAAAAGACCGGCACAAGUUGGUCAACUCCUUCUUAACAACAGCCAAGCUGUCCCAUCACCAAACCCGGCCUGACAGGACCCACAGGCAGCAGUUAGACGAUGUGGGGGCCGUGCCCAUGGUGGAGCGAGUGACAGUGCCAAAAGCAGAGCGCUUGCUCAACCCACCGCCACCCGUGCAUGACCCAAACCACAGCAAAAUGAGAUUGCGAGACCAUUCAUCUGAGAGAAGUGAAGUGUUAAAGCAUCACACAGACAUCAGCAAUUCGAGCUACUUGGCAACCACCCACCAUACUCCACACAGUCCCUUGGUGCGACAGCUCUCCACCUCAUCAGACACCUCUGCGCCCACCAGCUCUAGCUCACAGGUUUCAGCCAGCACAUCUCAGCCAGUAAGAAGGAGAAGGGGAGAGAGCUCAUUCGAUAUUAACAACAUUGUCAUCCCAAUGUCUGUCGCUGCAACAACCCGCGUAGAGAAACUACAGUACAAGGAAAUCCUUACUCCCAGCUGGCGAGAGGUUGAUCUUCAGUCUCUGAAGGAGAAUCCAGAGGAGGAGAAUGAGGAGAUUGAAGACCUGUCAGAUGCAGCCUUUGCCGCUCUGCAUGCCAAAUGUGAGGAGAUGGAAAGGGCUCGGUGGCUGUGGACUACAAGUGUACCACCCCAGCGGCGGGGCAGCAGGUCUUACAGAUCAUCAGACGGCCGGACCACCCCCCAGCUGGGCAGUGCCAACCCCUCCACCCCACAGCCCGCCUCCCCUGAUGUCAGUAGUAGCCACUCUCUGUCUGAGUUCUCCCAUUGUCAGUCCCCUAGGAGCCCCAUUAGCCCGGAAUUACACUCGGCACCCCUCACCCCUGUGGCUCGGGACACCCUGAGACACUUAGCCAGUGAAGACACCCGCUGUUCCACACCAGAGCUGGGUUUGGAUGAACAGUCUGUCCAGCCAUGGGAGCGACGGACUUUUCCCCUGCCGUAUAGCCCCCAGGCAGAGUGUGAGGACCAGCUGGAUGCACAGGAACGGGCAGCCCGCUGCACUCGGCGUACCUCAGGCAGCAAGACUGGCCGAGAGACAGAAGUGGCACCAACCUCCCCUCCCAUUGUCCCCCUCAAGAGUCGGAAUCUGGCAGCAACGGUCACAGCUCAACGCCCAACUCACAGAUGAGCAGGAGAUGAGAAUCUAAACAGACUCACUAACUUGGCAUUAAAGCUUCAGAAAUCUCUGCGUUUGAUAUUCAAACAUCAUGUGCCGGAAAUUUUCACAGUUUUUAGUGAAUUUAAGGAAUUUAGAUCUUCCUUUGGUAUUUUUUUUUCCUUGUUUUCAUUUUUGUUUUGUUUUUGUUUCUGUGUUUUCUUGUCACACACCUGAGCACUUCCUCCAGUUGGCAGACAGAUGUUCAGGACAAGACCUUUGUGGCCUGGUCCUGGCACAUCCUCUGCACUGUUGAAUCACUGGACUUAGCAAUGUUAGAUGAUCACCCCUCUCCCUCACACCUAAGGGCAGGGUGGAAAAGCCAGAUGGGCAGAGGGGAUGGAAAGCUACCAUUCAGCAUGGCCUUAUGUUAGGGUGGAACAGAGCAAGGGUGCUGUGGGCUCUCAACCCUCCCCUCCCAUCUGUGGCUCGGCUGAGCUGUAGCCUUCCUUCCUGGCUGAGUCCACCUAGUUUUCUGGGCUGGUGCACUCACCAGAGCCUCUUUGCUGUAACUGCCAGCUGCUCUCACUUGAGUUCUCAGCUGGCAGAAUGGCUUCCCCUUGUCUCCAGUAUCUUACAGACUUUUCAGUUUUAUCUGCAUUUGGUCAUCUCUGUCUUGACUCCUUAACUACAGUAACCUGGCUGUGGCUGCUCAGGUUUCCCCCCAUCCUGCCCUCUCCUCCCCUAUCCUGUCUGUCCUCUGCCGUGCACACAUUGGUCCUUCCACUCUGAAGGUAUUUACCACCUGUCCUGGUCUAUAAAGUUAAGUUUAGGACUACUUAAUCUUUGUCUCCUCUCCCUAGGGGGUUUGGGAAGUGAGCAGCCAUCUUCCCUGUAUAAUUUUGUUUUCACUGACUGGUUCACGUAAUCAUGUUUCCUUCACCUCCAGUUCUUGUCAGUGUCAAUUAGACUCUUCGUCUGCCAUGCUCCCCUUGCCUGUGGAACAUCGUCUGGUCCUCGCUGUGGUUUCCAUCACUCCCAUCACCCUCCUUUGUUAACCUUGUGCCUGUCUCAUGUAUAAUCACAUCACCAAAAAGGGGGAGGGGGGAAGGACCUUUUUUUCCUGCCAUUUUGUAAUCGUAUAAAAAUAGUAGACAAACUGCUUAAUGGUUCGGGGGUUUUUUCACAAUUUUCAACAUUAGUGAUUUUUUUUUUUUUUUUUUUUGGGUUCUGUUUGCAAGUUAAAGGGUUUGUCAUUGUUUCUUUUAAACAACAAUAAUGCACCAUAUCCCUAUGCAUAAAGUGCUUCUAUUUAUAAGGUUGAAAAUUCUGAAUAACCCUUUUAGCAUUGUAAAAAAAAAAAACAAAAAACAAAAAUUUAAAAAAACUUGUAUUUUGUAAAUAUUUUCUUUUCCUGCUUUGAGCUGUGUAAUGGCAGCGAAACAUGUAGCUGUCUUUGUUCUAUAGAAAUGCUUUUCUUCAGAGAAGCUGAUCUUUGUUAAUGUCUUGAUUCUGUUCGCAAAGCACAGACUAGUGCUUAAAAAAAAAAGAAAAGAAAAAACGAAAAAAAUAAAAAAAAGAGUUACAGAA